ACAAGUACAGAGACUAACAUAAGCUGUGAUGAUUACUGAUUUACUCUGAAAACCAAUAAACACAAGCUGUAAAGUUUCAGUAAAAAAGAAUAAGGAAAUUUGUACCAUCUUGUAAGUUAUGGACCUUGGUUACACAGAUGAUUGGGAUGAUGACGAUGGAUUUGACUUCGGUGAUUACUAUGACCCAGAUUAUUGCUCUUCGGACCAUCCCAUUAACAAAUCUGUCAAAUACCAAAAUGUCCCAAGCGAAAUUAACCAGGAUUCAACAAAAGUAUCUCGACGCUCCGGGGGCUUCGGGUCACCAUCUACUUUAAAAACAAAUGAAAAAUUAAAUCUCACCGCGGGACUCGGCAGAGGGAAAUCAGGAGGUUUUGGAGGAAAAAAUACUCGUAGCAAGUUUCAGUCGAAGAAAGAACUGGAAUCUCAAGGAAAGAAAAAUAAAGAAAAUGGAAAGUUUUUGUUUUCUCGCUCUAAUGACAAGAUAAAAACAAUUCAUCUUGAGGAAGAGAAAAACCACAAACUUGCUGAAGAUUUUCGUGCAGCUAUUACCAAUGGCAAUAUUGAUGCUGUGAAAACUGUUCUGACCCAAGGCUUGUCAGUAGAUAGUCUUUUGAAGUCCAGUUGGACAGGGCUAAUGUAUGCUGCAAACAAUGGCCUCCCAGAUGUGGUUGCUCUCUUAAUUGAACAUGGUGCUAAUGUGAAUUAUCAGAAAGACAUGUUCACAGUGAUCAUGGCUGCAUGCUCAUCAGAUUGUGAAGCUGAGGAUGAAGUAGCUGAAUGUCUGAAAAUAUUGAUUGAGAAAGGAGCAAAAAUCAACUCUCGUGAUAGAUAUCACAUGACACCACUGAUGUACACUUGCCGAAAUGGACGAGAAAAAUUGGUUGAGAUCUUACUACAGCAAAAACCUGAUAUAAAUAAACAAGAUCAAAGAGGAUGGACGGCUCUAUGUUGGGCUGCAAGUCGAGGUCAUGGCCGCAUAGCUCGAAUGUUAAUCGACAACAACGCGAAUCUUACAUUAUACACAAAUGAUGGACAAUCUGCUGAGGAUUUGGCAUAUGAGGGAGGAUUUACUACCCUUGCUGAUGUUUUGAAUAACCUCGUUCACCCAAACAGAUUUAUUGAUCAAAACAUACGGGGAAAUGAAAUAUGUGAUACCUCAGGCAAAAGAGACUGUGUCAGAUUUGGGGAUUUGGAGAUGUUUUUGUUUGGCUUGGAGCUGGGCCAUCUAAUUCCGCUUCUGCAGGAACAUAAAAUAAACUUUGAAGGACUUCUUCAGUUGACAGACUCUGAACUGCAGCAGUUAGGAGUAAGUCAAGUUGGUGUUCGAAAAAAGAUUCUUUCUGCCACACACGAUGUUCAUACGAAGGAAUGGGAUUUGUCUUUGCUGCCGUCGCAAACUUUGGAUCACGUAAAGAGUAAAGAUCUGCAUCUAGUUUUGGCUAACGUUGCGAAACAUCUUCAAUACAUAAAGUGCAGUGUCGGCUAUGUCAUCAAAUCUUUAAAACAAUCAACUAAUCCCAAUAGUUUUGUGCAGGAUGGCGAGAUUGCUCGACAGUUUGUACAAAGGGCUGAAGAUAUUUCUGCUGAAGUUAGUGGUUUAUCAGAUGAACUUACAAGGUUUCGAAACUCGAUUACCGAGCUAUCUGCAAGUGUUCCAAACUUUCCAGCUGAUCUCGUAUCAAAAGAAUCAAUGAGAGUUGAGAAUAACAAAAAGACAUUAUAUUUACCUAUCCUCCUAGUUAGUGGUUGUGUCGUCCUUGGAAUUUCCGUUGUUUGCCGUUUGAGAGAUAAGUGACAGUAACUUUUCUUUAUAUUCUUAUACCGUACGAUUUUGUCAACACUUGUUCGCAUGACUUAGCUGUUACAAUGACGUUUUCUCGGGGAAGGAAUAUGGCGGCUUAUUCAUACACAAUAACUUGUGAAUGGAAUGGUAUGAAUCGUUUAUGUUCGAAUUCUAUGAAAGCAUCUUAACAACGCAAAAACCUUCAAUAAAUAUGUAGAAUUUCUAUA